UCAUUAAGAGCUCAAAAUUUCACUUCCAAAAUUGGCAUCGCCGGCUUAACAGUUGCUAUUCGAUGAUUUGGUUAUGUAAGAUUGAGGCUACUGUAUGAUAUUUAAGUUUUACGUAUUUUAAUUUUGAGAUGAAUUCUUUAAUCUUUUGUCUCCGAGAUUGCUUUAAUAAUAAGGGUCAUAUCAAUCGUAGACCCAGACUGUUUUAUUUAACAUCUUAUAACAAAAUGCAGUAUAUUCUGCUGCCGGUUAAUCCGAUCAAAGUGUUUAAUACGCCUACUCCUUUUAAAUAUACAUUUUAGCUAUAUUCCUUAAGUAUGAAGAGGGAAGACUUAUAAAAACUGACUCCUUGGGAUUAACCAUUUAAUUUUGAGGUAACUUAGACUGGCUUUUUAGUAAGAUAUUUAGCUGUAUUUAUCAGCGUAAUAAUCUACCUAUGGAAGAAGAAAUAUUUAAAGAUGUGGUUAUCAUUGGUAAUGGACCAUCAGGAAUAACAUUGUCAUACAUGCUUGCUGGUAACUGGCCAUAUUACAAUGGUUCAACACAUCCAAUAGAUUUUCUGAACCACAGAUUGCAAGAAAAUAAGGAAAAGUCUAUACUUGAACAGGAUUUGGAUUAUCUUGCCGAAGGCUUAGAUGGAAGAUCAUUAAAUCCAGUAUCCGUAUUAUAUGACACAUUAGUGCAUCCACAAGCAGAUCUUGGUAUUGACACUCCAUCUGUUAUCUCAUGGAAAUUUGAUCCCCUAAAGGCUGUUAACCAUGUAGUAAUUGGCAGAGAUGACCCUGGAGGUUCCUGGCAAAAAAUGGAUAAAUCUGCUUUAACUCUUAGUCACAGUUCUUGGAUGGAACUUCCCAGUCUCAAUAUACAAGACUGGGACAGAAAUCGAAUCAAGUUACAAUCUGGUUUAAAGCAGAAAAGAGCUAAUGUAAGAACUGUUGCCAAUUAUUACCAUUCAUAUGUCCAAUCACAAGGGCUAAGCCCAUAUUUUCUGAAUAGAUCUGUUGUUACUUCAGUUUUGCCUGUGGAACAAGACAUUGCUCAAGCAUUAGGAUUUGAUAAGCUGUGGAGAGUUUAUGGCUACACCUUUGUCUCUGAUUCUUCAUCUACAUGUAAAAAUUUUAAGUACAUAACUCCACAUGUUGUUUUAGCUACUGGGAAUUCCGAUAAACCUAAUAUGUUAAAUGUUGAAGGGGAAAAUUUACCAUUUGUAUCACAUUCAUCAUCAAAUUUAGAAACAUUAAUAAGGAACCAAAAAUCACCUAAUAAAGUUAGUAAGUUACUCAUUGUGGGAGCAGGGCUCAGUGCUGCAGAUGCUGUAAUCACAGCUCGUUUUUAUGGCAUUCCAACUAUUCAUGUAUUUCGACGUUCAGUCUGUGAUCCAGAUCUCAUUUUCAAUAAAAUUCCACAAGACUUGUACCCUGAAUAUUACAAAGUAUAUCAAAUGAUGCAAGAUUCUGACCAUUAUGAAGGUUACAAAGCAUAUUCUAGUUCAAAAAUUGAAUGUAUUAAACCCAAUGGCAGAGUAAUGAUUAAUUCAUGCAAACAUGGUAAGGAAAUAUCAGUAGUAAAUGUUUCACACGUUCUUGUUCUCAUUGGUAGGCAGCCUGAUUUGUCAUAUUUACCGCAUAAAGCAUUAAAGCUUGGUAUAAAUCCAGACAAAUCUGUUGAUUGUAAAAAGAAUCCUGUUGAUAUAAAUUUAUAUAAUCACGAAAGUGUCUUCUAUCCUGGAAUAUUUGCUGUUGGUCCUCUUGUUGGUGAUAAUUUUGUUAGAUUUGUUCAAGGAGGAUGUCUUGCAGUUGCUAGUCAUGUUGUUAAAACAAAAUAUGAAAGUUUAUUGAAUUGUUGUGCUACUUUAUCUGAAUGACGCUCACUGAUAUAAAUCUUAAUUGCAUUACUUUAUCAGAGAUAUUAUGUACCAAAAAUAUUGAAGUUAAUAUCUAUUCAAAAUAACUUACCAUUCUUGUUAUUUCUUUGAAUUCUUACAUAUAUUUCACUAUAUUUUGUUUCACUCUUAGACACUUGCAUAUGCUUCCAUGAACAAGAACUUCAUCAAGUUUAUUUGUAUUGCUAUAUAUGCACAGUAUCAUAAUAUGCAGCUACAUGUUUUUAUAGAUGUGUAAUCCACAAAUAAACUUUACAUAGUCUUGUAAAUAGAUGUUAUUAUAAUCAGUUAUUAAAAAUUUCUGAACCUGUUAUUUUACACUUGUUUGCUUCAAGACUAUGUCCUUUAAAAUAUUUGCUAUCUACUUUACUAAUAAUAUCAGAUUUUUUUUUUUCAAAAUAUAUUCUGUGUGAUAUUAAUAGUCAUUAACUCUUGCGAAAAUACUUCUGUCUGUUUUUGUUAUUGAUGCAAGCAUUCCAACCAUUAGAUGAAUUUUUUUCUAUUGAAAAUAUUUGAGAUUAAACAAAAGAAGGAAGUUUUUUAUUACAAUAUAGAGUUCUAUUUGAUUUAAAUUGUUUUAAGUUAUGAUAAAUCUCAAUUUGUGAUUUUUUAAAAAAAAAUAGCAAUUUUUUUUUUUGUUGGUCUUUAUUUGGUAAACAUCUGCGGUUGUUCGAAUUCUUAUUAUAUAAAAAUAAUACCUUACAACUUAUACUGUCAAACCUUGUUGACCUUCAAUGAAAGUGGCAAAAACUGCACGUUAAAAAUUGUUUACGUUAUCAGUUCAGAACAGUUUUAAUAAAAAUCGUGCAAGGCACUUUCUCUUAUCUAUUAAAGCAAAAAAACAGCUUAAAAUUGUAACUUAAGAUGUGUGGAAAGUAUUAUAUCUGUAUACAAUUUAACAGGAAACAAGAAAUUAGUUCAUGUUAACGAGGUUUGACUGAAUCUUGAUUUGUUACUCAUAAUAUAUGCCACUUAAAAUUACAUUAAGUUUAUUUUAUAUAUAUACAUAUUUUAUAAAACACAUUUUUCUCAAAUUUUGAAUAUUAUUUUUCCUGAUUGAAUUACUUAGAAACGUAAUAAAUUUUAAAAAAGUCUUAAGAGGCUCUACCAAUUAUCUAUAUUCCUGUGCAGAAUUUUUUAUAAUGAGCUUUAGCAUAAUUAUUUUUUUGGGUCUUAAGAAUUUAUGUUUGAGAUAAUGUUAUGAUUUUUUUUAUUACAUGUGUUCGUAUGAAGGGUAUUUCAAUUUCUUAGAUCAUUUUUAACUUGCCUCCAUGAUUUUUAUUGUUAUAAACUAUAUUGUGUGUAAUCAAACAGUCCAGGAAGCAUAUUGCAUUUGUUGCAGAGUUAUUCUCUAAUCGGACCAAGCAAAUUUAGUUCAAAAUGUUGUGGUUUAAAAAAUUCAUACAAAUUUCAAAUUUUUGUGUUUUAAACUUAAAUAUGUAACAGUUUUUUAAUGCAUUUUUACCUAUUUUAUCUAUUAGUUCACGUUUUUUAUUCCAAUUUCUUGCUCUGACUCUAUGUAAUGUUAAUGAAAAAUAUUGCUGAGAUGUGAAAAAUAAAGUAAUUAAAAGGUACACAAAUGAGUUUUUAAGACUAAAUUUAAGUAAAAUAUUUUAAUAAAAAAAAACUUUUUAGUUGUUAAUUGGUGUAACAUUGUUGAAUUUAUUUUUAUUACAUUAGUUUUCUAAUGGUGCUUUGGAUUUUACUUAUUCCUUACUUAAUGUGUGCAGAUAUGAAUUUUCUGUAAUAUUAACAAUAUAAUAUUACUUUAAAAUUUAAAGAUUUUGAUUUUAAAUCUCUAAUGUAAUUGAUACUUGGGAUGAUCUUAUUGUAUUUAUUUAUGUUAUGUGAUGAAAAAGAAUUUAGCUGAAUAUACAUAUUUUGCAUUUCUCUGUUUUGAAAGUUUUGUGACUGUAUAUUUGUUCAAUGUUGUCUUUCAAGAUGCAUUUGUAUAUGCUAUAUAACUUCAUUAUAAGAUGUUUAAUAAUAAUAAGAUUAAUGUAUUUGAAAAUAACUUAUAUAUGUUACGUUUAUUGCUUUCUUGCUCUGAUAUAUAAGAUAUCUUGAUUUGAUGAAACUCCUAAGAUGACCACAUCAUUAACCCCUUCUCUGUUGGAUUUUUUUAAUUGCUGAAAAUUAAUAUAUGUUCUAUACUAAAAUUGAAAAUGUAAAAUAUAUUUUUGUCAGCAUGCAGUUGUUUGCUUGACCUAUUGGUGGUGACUUAUGUGAUGUCCUGCCCACUGAUCUCCAGUUUUCCCUGUAAUGCACGCAAGUUUUAUCUUAUAAAAAUACGCUAUGAUAACAUAUUUAAUAACUGUAUUGCUUUAAGGUGUUUAAGAUAAGUAUCUGCAUUAAAUAAUUAUUAAAAUUUGGUAAAAAAUAUUUUGGAAAAUAAUUUGCUAACCAUAUUGUUAAAACAGCUUUACAAUCAUUCUUGGGCAUUAAAGCGUAGAAGCUCACAUUUAUCAUUAAAAAAAAAUUACAGAAAGCACAAAAUGAUUCUGAUUUCAAUUCAUAGUGAGGAAUCUCACUGCGAAAAUUGUCAAGAAAAUGGGAAUACUUGCACCAUCUCUUUGCAAUAUUUAGAAAUAC